GGAUGAACACAGCCUACAGUACACAGGAGAUCUUCAUAGUCUUCAAAGGUCCAAGCCGUACCGAAUCGUCCUUCAAAGCUGCUACGCUCAGACAUACAAAACUCAAGAUACCCACUGUCAAAGCCAUCUGAAUGCGGGAACUUGCAAACGAUGGCUUAAGACGGUGUCCAAGUGAUGCGCUGGACAUUAACUUUCUGUCCUGCAUUAGUUGCCUUAAGCAUGCCAUCCCAUCUCUGCUUGGGAUUGCAAACCUGCGACCCUGAAUUCUCUUGUCUUUCUAGCUGCAAGUCUUGAUCAUGCAGCUGCCUCCAGAGAGUGUUCUCAAGUCUUUUCCGCCGUCGAACUUUGUCAAUCCGGUGACUCGGGGGAAUGCUAACAUCAUCUUGAACAUUGUUCUAUAUUCUCUUUUGCUAUGUUUCAUGGGAAUUCGAAUUUUCACUCGAACAUCUCUGAAAUGUGUGUUCGGUGCUGACGACGUCUGCAUUUUGCUAGCUAUUGUUCCGACAACGAUCUUUUUUAUCAUCAGCGUCCUUGCAGAUGCGAAGUACUUAUGGAUUAGGCAUUCAUACGAUAUACCUGUGGAUCAUGUCCCAACUGGAUUGAAGAUGGUUCUCGGUGCCCAACUUGCCUUUGCUCUUGCCUGCACUUUGACGAAGCUUUCGAUGUUGAUGCUUGUUCGGAGACUGCUGGCAAGCUCAACACUUUUCUGGCGACGAGUAACAUUACUGGGUAUUUUAGUGGUUGCUACUCAAGGAAGCGUUUUCUGCAUAACUGUGAUUUUCCAGUGCAGACCACCUCAGGACUACUGGAAAGUUACUCCGGAUCCGCAACCCAAUUGUAUCAACCAGGCAUCCUCUCUCCUAGUAGCGGGGGUCAUCAACACUCUCACAGACUUUCUCGCCGUUGUCCUCCCCAUCCGAACAGUCUGGUGUCUUCAACUUCCGCUAAAGCAAACCCUUCUGAUCAUAUUACUCUUUGCAUUCGGGUUCAUAUCAUGUGGGGCCGGUAUCGCUCGCACAUACUUCAUGUGGGUUGUCACACAGACAUGGGACAAAACCUGGGCCUCGUACCCGGUAUGGAUCACUGCUGCAAUGGAGCUUUACAUCGGAAUGAUAUGUGCUUCGAUACCAGCCACUAAGCCCUUCUUCUCAACAUACCUGCCACAAAUGUUCGGCUCUUUCUCUCCCAGCCAAACCGACCAUUUCACCAGAUCCCCUAAACGUCUCCAAAAGCGACCACAUAUGGACAUUGUUGUCUUCGACGCCGAGAGUAACGAGGUACUUCCGUUCGAGAAAGGAUCGCGGGCUUCGAGCAAAGGAAGUGCUCCUACGAUUACAUGCACGAACGGUAGUGAUGUGGGUAGCACAGAAACCUUUGAUCUUGAGAGGGGAAAAUAUUACAUGCAGCAAGCUUGAGCAUACGCAGACAGAUCCGAUGAUCAUAAGCAGCAAGACGCUGAUGGAUGGCACUUCGAUUCUUACAAUCAUUCUGCACUUUUGGCAGUAAAACCUCCAAGGUACUUCAUAUACGCCGAUAUUGAAGAGAAGUGGAAAUUGGAAGGCAGAUAUUUGAAGAUUAGGGACGCAUCUUGCACAUAGCAGAGCAUUAGAUAAUAAUUUCAAUAUAGUUAAUCUCGAGU